CUGGAUUCCACAGCAUCAGCAGAAGUCUUUGAAAUGCCCCAAACGGUAUCCAUACUUAACUGUUUGUAAGAAAAGAGCAACUACACCCGCGCCGGAAUACAAAUCCCCCAAACUCGGCUUGAUAUUCCAUAUAUAGGUUGUUGUUCCGUAUCUUUCUACCCCAUUAAACCAUCGCAAAAUAACUUAAGUACUCCACAUUUUCCAUCUUGAGAGCAGCUUUUCUCCCUUAUACCUAUCUCGGCUUCAUAAUAGACGAUAGUCCAUUACUUAAGGAAAGACCAAAGUAACAGUUAUUCUAUCAUUCCUGACAUAAUCGGACUUGCGAUUUCAAAUUUUUCAGCCAUCUCAUAAUACAAACUAAAACCAGCGUUGGAUUUUGGCGUUAGUUACAAUAGAAUAUUGUUCGAAUACCAACGUGACUAAAGCAACGUCACGUACCUAACAAAAAAGACCAAAGCCAUGUCUGAACAGCAUCCAUUGGGGCUCAUCAUCUAUGCAGCCACAAAGCCCAUCUUCAAAAUCUACUUCAUCAUAGCCUUGGGCUAUUACUUGGCAAAGAAGAACAUUCUCACGGUGACGACAUGUCGUGAUAUUGCCGACACCAUUGUAACAGCCAUUAUGCCCUGUUUGAUCUUUGAAAAUGUUGUCACCAACUUGAAAAGUUCAGAUAUCAAGAACAUAGGCAUAAUUUUUUUCUCGGGAACCUUGUUAUUUCUCAUUGGAGCCGUUUUUGGCUUCCUCACCUACUUUGUAACUGGCUCUCCACGUAGGUGGAUGGGUGGGUUGAUCUCUGUUGGACUUUUUCCCAAUAUCUCCGAUUUGCCCAUUGCCUACUUACAGACCUUGUCGAAAGGAGAUGUUCUUUUCACAGCUGACGAGGGAAGUAAAGGUGUAGCAUAUGUUUGUAUCUUUCUCGCCUCACAAGUGUUCUACCAGUUCAGUUUAGGCUUGUAUAGACUUAUCGAGUGGGAUUUCCGUGAAGAGCUCUUGGACAAUAAUAAAGAAGAACAAGAUGACGAAUCUAUAAUAACAGAUUCUACUGGUCCAUCAGCUGGUGAUACAACACAGAUGAACCAGAAUGACACUCUUUCAAUUCUGAGCAGCAUCAACUCAUCUAGCUCUAGAACAAUUUCUCAAGAAGACAAAGAACCCGUCCGUCAACGUAUGCGUUCUCAGCAGCAGACACAGGAAGAAGAAGAGGAUAUGCAGCACACGGAAUUUCUUAGAGUAAGGCAGUUGGAAAGAAUAGCUUCUUUACCCAGAUCCAUAUCUACAGAAGGUAGUCGUCUGUCUAGGAGGUCUAGAAGAGAUUCCAUAGCCAGCUACAAUCCUCUUCAAAUGAUUCCAUCCAGAACAGCAGAGCUAAGGAAACAAAAGUCCCAGGAUAUUCAUGAUGUCAUCAACGAAUACUCGGAAUUCGAAGCCUUGAGAGAUAGCGAAGUCAAGCGUACAGUUUCAGGUACGAGCCAGCUUGGGUUGGAUAUAGUUCGAAAUCCUACAAUCGAUGGCCAGUUGAAAGCCCCUGAAAAGCAGAGAAGUAAAUUUGUGCAGAGGCUUAUUGAAAUCGGGAAGAACUUCCUCACCCCCAAUUCUUUGUCACUUAUCAUUUCUCUAGCCAUCGCCAUGUCCCCUCCUUUAAAAGCGUUGUUCGUAGAAUCUAAUCAGGUUCACAUCCACCCUGCCCCAGAUGGCCAACCUCCGUUGUCAUUUGUGAUUGAUCUUACAAGUUAUAUUGGAGCUGCCUCUGUGCCGUUGGGCUUGAUUUUGUUGGGUGCCACGAUUUCACGGUUGCAAGUCAAAUCAAUGCCUAAAGGUUUCUGGAAGACAGCAGUGAUGAUAACAGCCUCGCGGUUGAUUCUUAUUCCAAUUUUCGGUGUCGGCGUCACCACAGGCUUCUACAAAGGUGGCUGGUAUGGAGAUGAUAAGUUAAUUCGUUUUGUCAGUGUGCUUGAGUUUGGAUUGCCCAAUGCGACAGCCUUGGUGUACUUCACAGCUUUCUACACUGACCCCAAAUCUGAAGAUCACUUGCAAAUGGAUUGUUUGGCUAUUUGCUUGAUCUUUCAGUACGCAAUUCUUUGUGUUACACUCCCAUUUCUUAUUACUUUCACCCUCCGAGUCUCGCUCGGGAUGUGACGUGACGUACCCAUGCCAGCGAGAAAACCUCAAUAUGUUCGAAAGACCAUUCAGCUUGCAUUAUCUUUUUCUCACCAUUGCAUUAUAUUCUCUGGUUUGUCAGACAUAGAACCGAGUACAAUUAAUAUAGGUAUAAUUAAUAGAUAUAUAUACAU